AUGUGGCUUUACGGUCAUGUGCUGACACAAGGCUACUAUUACGCUAACCUGUGGUUCGGCACGCCCGGGCGUCGCUUCGCGGUGAUCGUGGAUACGGGCAGCACCGUCACCUACGUGCCGUGUGCCUCGUGCAGCGAGUGCGGUAGCCACCACCAGGACCUGCCGUUCGAUCCGCAGCAGUCGUCGACGUACCAGUUCGUACCGUGCAGUUCGGACCAGUGCCCGUACCACGACUGCCAGGACAACUCAGACGAGUGCUCGUACGACCGGCACUACGCGGAGAACAGCAGCAGCAGCGGGCUAAUCGUCUCGGACGUGGUCACGUUCGGAAACGCGUCCACGCUUCCGCCUGCGCGCAUCCUCUUCGGGUGCGAGCUGGCCGAAACGGGCGACAUUUACACGCAGAAGGCGGAUGGGAUUAUGGGCAUGGGGCGCGGGGAGCUGGGAAUUGUGAGCCAGCUGUCGGUGGGAGCGGGGAAGGUGAUGGACGAGCAGUUUUCGCUGUGCUAUGGCGGGUCGGAGGGCGGCGGCGGAGCGAUGAUCAUGGGGGCUAUUCAGCCGCCUGCUGGGAUGAAGUUUACGAAGAUGGAUAUGCGCAGUGGCGGCACGUACUAUAACGUGAUUCUGAACGCCAUCACGGUGGCUGGCAAGCCCCUGGAUCUGGACAUGUCGGUGUUCCGGUCGGGGUACGGUGUGGUCAUGGACAGCGGCACCACCUUCUCCUACCUCCCCCGCAAGGCCUUUGAAGCAUUCAAAGCCGCUGUGGACGCAUCAGUGAAAGGCGUGCAGAGCGUUCCUGGUCCAGAUUCAGUGUACCAGGACGUAUGCUAUGGCGGAGCCUCGCACAAGAUAGAGGAGCUGUCCAACUACUUCCCCACCGUAUCCCUCACCUUUGAUGGCGACUUGGUCUACGAGCUCACGCCUGAGAACUACCUCUUCCGACAUGUGAAGGUGCCAGGAUCCUACUGCCUAGGCCUGUUCAAGAACAACGACAGGGGAACACUCAUUGGAGGCAUUAUCAUGCGCAACACACUGGUGACAUACGACCGAGUGAACAGCCGUAUAGGCAUGCUCAAGACCAACUGUCGAAACCUGUACCAGGAGCUGCAGCAAAUAUACACAGAGCAAGGCGCCAAUCCCUCCCCUCUCCCCGAGUAUCUUCUAUCUGAACCGCCCCCCCUGCCGGAUUCUGCUCACCAAGGAGCUGGGAGGGGUGGAGAUGGUGGGAGCGGAGGGGCAGAGGAAGGCGAGGGGGGUGCAGGAGGAGAGGAGGGAGGAGGAGCGGGUGGGGAGGAUGAGGAUGCGGAUGCGGGUGCUGGUGCAGGUACAGGUGGUGGUGGUGGUGGUGGGGAGAGUUCGUCUGCAGGUGUUCCUGCUGCGCCGUCUGUUGCUUCAUCGUGUGACGGCUGCGCGGGCAGCAUUGUCGCGGAUCUGCUGGUGGGGCUGCCGCUGCUGCGCUUUGCCCCGCUCGUCAACCCCUUUGUGCACGACCUCUCUCGCGAGCUUGGACUACUGGAGGCGCAGGUGACAGUGGUGAGCUUUCACGAGGGGCAGCAGCAAGGGGGUGCAGCAGGGGGGGCGGAUGGGAGUGCCGAGGGGGGUGGAGAGGCAGCAACGGGCGUGGAGAGCACGCGUGUGAAUGUGACCAUCCUUCCCUCUCCACCCGAUAUCGUGCUCGCUAAAGACACAGUGCAGCGAGUGGUGAACGUGCUGCAGAGUCCCAUGGCCAUCCGGGACGUGUUUGGCUCAGUCACAGUGCUGCGUGUGCAAGUCGUGCUCAGUGCCCCUGAUACGUCCAGUCACAGUGCUGCGUGUGCAAGUUGUGCUCAGUGCUCCCGAUACGACCAGGUGAGAGGCCGCAUGGGAGGAAUGAAGGCAUGGGCGGAUGAGAGAGGAUGGAUGGACGGGUGGAUAGAUGGGUGCUUGGGUGGAGGGAGAAAGAGAUCGGAUGGAAUCAGUGCAAGGGUGGAUGAAGUAGACGAGGAGGAAGGUCUGGCCAGUAACAUAGAUGGGAAGGGAAAUGAUGCUGGGAACGGGGGUAUGGAAGGGGACGGAGAGGGUGAGAAGGGUGUGAAGGUGGGUGUGUUUGGGAGUGGGAAGGUGCAGGGUGGAUCGGGGGAGGAGGCGUCGAUGCUGAAUGGGGGGGAGCAUGGAGAGGAUGAGGGGGAUGGAGAGGAGGAAGGAGAGAAGGUGACGAUUCUGCAGCAGAGGGAGCCUAGUGCCCCUCACUUCCAGACCUGGCCGCAUAUUGUCCCUUCCACAUCAGGUUAUGCAUUAUGGAAUGUAUGCGGAAUUUAUGUGCCCUCUCCCCGCGCCCUUCUUCCCCCAUCCUUUCCGCCAGGCCGCAAGGAGAUAUCCGGGUCCGCGGACAUUCUCCGCCAGGCGGGGCUGGAGGGCCCCUACCAGGUGCUAUGCGAGCGCGCGCUUGCGCCGUCCGCGGUGGAAUCGGGGUGCCUUGCGCGGAUCCCCGGGGAGGUGGACAUCCGCCAAGGCCCACGGAUGGAGCUGGCGGAAGUGCUAGACUCGAUCGGCCGCCCCGCGGACGAAGGCGCGGGCGGAAUGGGGGGCGCGGGGGGAGCGGGGGGAGCGGGGGAGGGGUUGGCGCUGCUGCAACCGCUAGCAGUGGAUAUGUUGCUGCGCGCGUUCUCGUUCAGCGACAAAGCGGCGGUCGCUCUACCCGAUACGGAACGAGGGAAGGCGACAGUGAGUAGCAAUUGGCGGGGCGCCAAUGGCAGUAGAGGCGCUGGCGGCAAGGAGAGGGAGAGAGAGCGCGAAAGGGACUCUAGUAAACACAGGAGUAAAGACAAGUCGAGAGACGGGGAGAGGCGGCAUAAAGAGAAGGAUAGGGAGAAGAAGGAGAAGGAUAAGAAGGAUAAGGAGAAGAAGGAGAGGGAGAGGAGGGAGAGGAAGGAGAGGGAGGAGGCGGAGAGGAGAGAGAAGGAGAAAGCAGAAGGGGUGAGGGUGAAAGGGGAUGAGAGGGAGAGGAAGGAGCGGGAAGAGAGGGAGAGGAGGGAGAGAGAAGAACGGGAGAGGAAGGAGAGGGAGGAGAGGGAGGGGAAGGAGAAGGAGGAGAGGGAGCGGAAGGUCCGGGAGGAAAAGGAGAAGGAGCGUGCAAAGGAAAGGGAGAGAGAAAAAGAGAAGGAGAGGGAACGGGAGCCUGAAAAAGAAGGUCAUCCGUGCCACGUGUGUGAUAUGAAAAACCUGUCUUCAACUCUCGUGGUGGUUGGCUCAAUAAUCACCCCUCGUCCAUCACUCUCACCCCUCGUCCAUCACUCUCACCCCUCGUCCAUCACUCUCACCCCUCGUCCAUCACUCUCACCCCUCGUCCAUCACUCUCACCCCUCGUCCAUCACUCUCACCCCUCGUCCAUCACUCUCACCCCUCGUCCAUCACUCUCACCCCUCGUCCAUCACUCUCACCCCUCGUCCAUCACUCUCACCCCUCGUCCAUCACUCUCACCCCUCGUCCAUCACUCUCACCCCUCGUCCAUCACUCUCACCCCUCGUCCAUCACUCUCACCCCUCGUCCAUCACUCUCACCCCUCGUCCAUCACUCUCACCCCUCGUCCAUCACUCUCACCCCUCGUCCAUCACUCUCACCCCUCGUCCAUCACUCUCACCCCUCGUCCAUCACUCUCACCCCUCGUCCAUCACUCUCACCCCUCGUCCAUCACUCUCACCCCUCGUCCAUCACUCUCACCCCUCGUCCAUCACUCUCACCCCUCGUCCAUCACUCUCACCCCUCGUCCAUCACUCUCACCCCUCGUCCAUCACUCUCACCCCUCGUCCAUCACUCUCACCCCUCGUCCAUCACUCUCACCCCUCGUCCAUCACUCUCACCCCUCGUCCAUCACUCUCACCCCUCGUCCAUCACUCUCACCCCUCGUCCAUCACUCUCACCCCUCGUCCAUCACUCUCACCCCUCGUCCAUCACUCUCACCCCUCGUCCAUCACUCUCACCCCUCGUCCAUCACUCUCACCCCUCGUCCAUCACUCUCACCCCUCGUCCAUCACUCUCACCCCUCGUCCAUCACUCUCACCCCUCGUCCAUCACUCUCACCCCUCGUCCAUCACUCUCACCCCUCGUCCAUCACUCUCACCCCUCGUCCAUCACUCUCACCCCUCGUCCAUCACUCUCACCCCUCGUCCAUCACUCUCACCCCUCGUCCAUCACUCUCACCCCUCGUCCAUCACUCUCACCCCUCGUCCAUCACUCUCACCCCUCGUCCAUCACUCUCACCCCUCGUCCAUCACUCUCACCCCUCGUCCAUCACUCUCACCCCUCGUCCAUCACUCUCACCCCUCGUCCAUCACUCUCACCCCUCGUCCAUCACUCUCACCCCUCGUCCAUCACUCUCACCCCUCGUCCAUCACUCUCACCCCUCGUCCAUCACUCUCACCCCUCGUCCAUCACUCUCACCCCUCGUCCAUCACUCUCACCCCUCGUCCAUCACUCUCACCCCUCGUCCAUCACUCUCACCCCUCGUCCAUCACUCUCACCCCUCGUCCAUCACUCUCACCCCUCGUCCAUCACUCUCACCCAUCGUUCUCACUCUCAGGCCUCCAACCAUCCCAUCCCAUCAAUUUCAGACGAUCCUGUGCCUGUCGAGUCAGCCACUCUCUGUGCUGCAUUGCAUGCUCGCACUUUCCACUUGGUUUGCUGCCCGGCACUUCCCCCCUCAUUCUCCUCCCUCCGCCCUCCUUCCCCGUCCCCCCCAAUCGGCCCUCCUUCUGCCGUCCUCCAUUUGCCCCCCUCGGCCCACUCUCGUCCGUCCCUCCUCGUCCGCCUCCCCCGUGUCUUACCACUUUCAUCUGCUCACAUGUGUACGCACAGAAGAGGAAGAGGGAUGGAGAGCCGGAGAAGCCGAGCUCAGACAAGAAGCACAAGAAGAAGAGCAGAAGGACAAGCAUAGCAGCGGAGGAGGCAAAGAGGCAGCACCAGUGGCAGCGGUGCAAGAGAAUGGCACAUAGGCAUGUACAUGGGAGAGCGAGCCACUUACGACCCUGUCUUCCUCUCCAGUUUCUGCAAGUGGUCCUUGUCUCGCAUGCUAACCGCCGUCCUGCCUCACAUUACAUGGUGAAGAAUUACCUCCAGGUUACCAGCCAACAGCACAUUCUAGUUUGUAAGGUAGGAGUAUGGUGA